AUGAUUGUACGUCGUGAAACAUUUGAUAAAGCUACCUUGGAAACGAUGAAAACAUUUAUGGGCUACGUUCUAGAAUAUCUAGGUACUAUUGCCAAUUUUCACGAUGAAAAUAAACUAGCAACAAAUGCUGCCAAAGCUACACAGCAGCUCAUGGAUCGAUCGCUCUAUCGAGAGUAUUGUGAAUGGAAACCAACAACGGAAAAGCAUGAGGAUUUCGAUGUAACCUUUAUACUGCCACUGAAUACAGCAAAACAACAGGCAAUACUCAUUUCAAUGAGCCAGCAGCGUUUAGAGCAAUGA